AUGACUAUUGCCAGAUCACGGCCUCAAGAGAUUAUGUCAGCUCUUCUCCAAAACAAUCUAUCAAUGCCCAUUAUUAAUAGAGACAUCUAUAAUAUACGUGAACAACUACGCCAACAAAAUCUAGCAGGCCGUACCCCAAUUCAAGCACUCAUCAAUGAACUUAAGGAAGAAGAUUACAUAUAUGAGUAUGAAUGUGACAGUGCUGGUUGUGUUGUUUACCUUUUUUUUGCGCAUAAGGAAUCUGUCAAUUUUACUUGUCAAUAUUCCUCUGUCCUCCUCAUGGAUUGUACUUAUAGAACUAACAAAUUCAAAAUGCCCUUGCUGAAUGUCGUCGGUAUUACCAGCCUUAAUACUACAUUUUAUUCAUGCUUUGUUUUUAUGAAAAGUGAAGAUGAGGAAGACUAUAUGUGGGCUCUAACUCAUAUUAUUCAUUUGUUCGAAGGGAUAUCAAAACCUGGUAUCAUUGUUACUGAUAGAGAGUUGUCACUUAUGAAUGCUUUUAAGCCAAAAUUCCCAAAAGAAACUGAAGAUGGGUCAAGUAGUGAAUGGAAUACCUUUCUUGCAAAAUGGAAUGAAGUUGUUAAUUCUGAAACCGAAGACGAAUUUAAUAAAGUAUGGCAAACAUUUCUGGUUAACCAAAAAAAUGAAAUCGAUUCUAUGGUUGCAGCAAAGCGUAUUCAUUUUCCAGUUUUUGCACAUAACAACCAAUUUUAUGCAAAUGUUAGAGGUAAAGUUUCAAGCUUUGCCCUUAAAAAAAUAAAUGAGGAGUAUAAAAAGGUAUCUCGUGCAACUGUGCAGAAUCCCCUACCACCAUGUUCAGGUUCUUUUUCAAGAACAAUGGGAUUACCUUGUACCCAUCAUAUUCAACAUUUAGAAAACAGUCAGGGCUUAAUACUUGAAGAUAUUCAUAUGCAUUGGUGGAUUCAAGGGUGA